AUGUCUUCCGAUCUUGGAAAGAUCUUUGGCGAGUUGGGGUUGACCCAGUAUCUUGACACAUUUGUCGAGCAGGGGUUUGAUGAGUGGGACAUUAUCCUUGACAUCCAGGAGUCAGACCUCGAUGCCUUGGGGGUCAAACUCGGCCAUCGAAGGAAACUCCAGAGAAGGAUUGCCAACGCUCGAGGCAUCUCCCCGACGGCAUCAUUGGUAACCCCAGUAAGACCAACAAGCGAAGAAGUCAAGCCUGAAAGCGUCCCACCAGAACCUUCUCGGCCGGAAAGCCACCAGGAGGGGCAGGGGGUUGCGAAGCGAAAGUAUCGACGACAUCCGAAGGCUGAUGAAAAUGCCCCGGAGAGACCCCCCUCUGCAUAUGUGCUGUUCUCCAAUAAAAUGAGAGAAGACCUGAGGAGCCAAAACCUCAGCUUCACCGAAAUCGCUAAACUUGUGGGAGAGAACUGGCAGAACCUUGAUGCGGUUGAGAAGGAAUCGUACGAGAGCCAGGCCAAUGCCGACAAAGAAAAGUACCAUCGAGACUUGAUGGAGUACAAGAAGACAGCCGACUACAGGAAGUACAUGCAAUACCUCCAAGAGUUCAAAGAGAAGCAAGCCAAGCGAACUCAAGUCAGCGAUGCGUCAAAACGUCCCAAGCUGGACUCUGUCCGGUUACGGCAUGGAAGCAGUAGCAGCACAAUGACGCCUGGCGGCAACACGUCGAGCGCAAGUGGAAGUGGUAGCGAGAGGCUUCAGGGGAGCGAGCCGCCUCCAUCCCGAAGGGAGAGGUUGAAUUCGAUCGCAUCGGUGGCCGAAUCGCAACACUCGUCAACGACACCGACAUUACCGUCGCAAGCAAAUUCGAACGACGACACCAUGUCAUCACCCCGAAUCCUUCACUACGACAGCGGUAGCCCACGAGAUUCGCACCGUCAGCCUCCUCAGCGUCAGUCCUCGUGGCGAGAAGGUGGCCCAUCCCACCAACACCUACCAUCAUUGUCCAACAUGCUCGAUGAUGGUAGGAAAGCCAUGCCGGCUGCCACUGGAUCCGAGGGUAACCCGUACUCGUCGGGCUUCGUCGCCGCCAACCAUCCUAGAUCGGUACCGGAGGUUCCGAAUGUGCUUCCUUCAGUGCCGGUGAGAGCACCGUUGCUCCGACACGAACAGUCCUCCAACAGCAGCGUUGGAUCGAUCAGUCCAGCAAACAGCUUUGCGCGGACGCCCGGCGAGGGACCGCUACCGAUACACGCUCUCCUUUCGCACCACCAAACGAUGCCGACUCCGGCCGUGACUACAGCCGCAGUCUUUGAACGGGGCUCGCCUGGUUCUGGCACUGGCGCAGUCAGUCCAAGCCCGACAGACCUAACACGGCCGCCUUUCGGGCAUGGGGCCGUGCCUAGGGGAUAUGGCUUCCGUCCUCUGCCACCCACUGGGCUGCUUGGCAGGGCAGAACCAACAGGGGAUGCUGACGUGUUGAUGACACCAGCUCCCGACCUGGUGGCCCCCAUCCAGGAACACUCCAUCAAACCUCGACUUGAUGGGAUGAGCGUUCUCCUGAGAGCGGGCGAGCUGGUUGAACGACAUGAACGAGACGACCGAAGAUAA